GGUACAUAUUGGUGGCGCGUCAUUGAUCGUGUGAUUGGUUUUGAGGCUGUUCGAGUAUUUUGUGUGCCCGCCAUACCCGAGGUGUCGACAGUAUUAGGCAGCCAAGCAAACGUUUCAUUGCUGAUCGAUCGAUGCCUAUUUGAUGUUCCUUCAUAGAUCAACAGACAUUCAUUUCAUUUGUUGGUAGUUAGAUCGGAAGCAGAGUGUUGACAGCGCUGAAACCAUUUUACCCUGGAUGUACGACCUACCGUGUGCUUUACGAUGUUCGGUGGACAUGUCUCUGUGUGUCCCGAUGUAGGUUUAUAGGAUGACACCCAGGAAUAAUGUCUCUGUUUACUAGUGUUAUAUAAAAUGACAGCCACCUGUGAGACAUGACAUCGCCCCUUAUCAUUCUGGUGGCUAGCGCGGUCAUCACUGGCGCGUUUGGUAGCCUGUUCAUCCUGCUGGCCAUCGCCGUGGACACAUGGCAAGAAGUGUACUACGACACGUCCGUCUUUUCCCCCUAUACAACCAGUAAUAGUAGCUCCAUCCAGAUCACUCUCGCCUCAUCUUCUACGUCGUUCAUUACAUUCAAGGAGGAGCAAUCGGAUGGUAGCUGGAUUACCUAUUACCUGUAUAACACCUACAGUGGAGUCUGGCGGGUAUGUGACACGCUCUCAGAUUCCGCCCGGGCCGAGUUAGCUUCACUUGGCGACAACAAGAAUGAGUGUUACAACUUUGUGUCCGAGUAUGAUGAGGAAUCGUCCAGCCUUCCAGAGAACGGCAAGUCUAUCGCACGAUUGCAGAACUCUGCGGCAUCUUGCUUCAUCGUGAGCAUAAUAGAUCUGGUGGCGGCCGCGGGGGUGGGGGUGAUCGCCCUCACUCAGAAACAGGUGGCCGCCUGUAUGGUGACGGGUGUGCUGUACUGCAUGGCAGGUCUGUUCACGGUAUUCGGUCUGGCCAUCUUCCACACCAAGCACUACUACGAGACGUAUAUGUGUCACGCUCUGGAAACUCUCCCCUCCUUCGCCUGCACCGCCAGGGUCGUACAGAUUAACUGGGCUUCACCCCUGGCCUGGGUGGGCGUCGUCAUCUGUGUCAUAGCAACAGUACUGUGGCUUUUUCUCACUAGGGCCAUCCGCGUCAUCAAAGCUAAGACUAUGCUGUAGAUUGGCGAGGGUAACGAAACGAUCUAUUCUGUGAUAUAUUGCUGUCUCAAAAAUGUUAUUUAUGUCGUGUAGACUUCAGAUUAAGAAUAUUUCGGGAUAUUUUUGCAGCAAAAGCCACUGCGAUGAAGACCUGAUUGCUGUACAUAUCAAUAGUGAUAACGAAGUUUGCGUGUAUUGUGAUAAAUACGUGUAGAAUGCAUUUUAUUGUGUGAAAUGUGUAAUCACGUGACAUGAUAAAUUAGCAUGUUAAGUAGCAUAACGACAUUUAAUAGUUGUGAACUAACCAUUACAAAUUAACCAUUGGGAUGGCUGUUGUUGACAUGUCCAACUGUCGGUUGACGAAAGGUUGGGCGACAUUUCGGUGGCCCUUGUCCAUCCUGGCCCUUUGUCCAUUCUGGCGACAUCCAACUGCUGAAGACGUCAGGUCGCCAUAGCCUUUACAGAGACUGAUACUGACGUCCUAAAGGGUGAUAUGGUAUGGGUCAGUUUCCUCAUGCCGACUGCCUGCCUGGUAAUCACGUGACCCAUAUUGUCAUGUCCAUGAUAAAUAAACUUGUAUGUACUGUUAUAGAUAUACAUGUAUGUACGAGCUGGUUAUCUUUCGAUUUUCGAAGAAAUCCUGUUGUAAAGGAAUUGAUCCUAAAAGAGAUUUCGAUAUUCCAUUUUGGAAAAUAUUGUUGAUUUUUUUUCCCGGAUUGUAGGCCUUUUUAUCACAGAAGUUCGUGUUUGACUAAUCAAUGCACCAUUUUACCGUUUUCAAGGCGUGUUAGCCUAGUGCAAGACAAAAUGUUUCAAACUAAUUCUUGCUGUUAAAAAUAAUUGCAAAUAUGAUCAUUCAGUUUUGGUGUACUAAGACAUAGUAUGUAAGUAAACCUUAUCCUAUAGAAAUACAUAUAUAAGUAAAAAUUAUCCUAUAGAAAUACA